GUUUAUGUGUGUGAGUUGUGUCUGUGCGAGUGAGUGAGUGUGUAUCUGCGUAUGUGUGUGUUAGUGUGUGAGUGUGUCAGCCACAGAUCCCCGCUCGGUUACAAUGGAACAGCCGGGUGGACAAGGGCUAAGCCCGCAUUAAGUCGUGCCCAAGUGCGGAACGCAGAGUUGUAGAAGUCGCUGGUGUGAAGUUAUUCUGCAGAGCUCUGCCGCACUCUCCCCUCCCCUCCCCUCCCCUCACUUCCCUUCCAAUGUUCGGCCUGCCAAUCAGCAGGAAUGUCCUUCACCCCCCCUCUCCCCUCUCCCGAUAGAGACCGCCUCAGAGUCACCAGGUAAUGAAGUUCUGACCACAGAAACACUCAUACACAUUCUCAGAAGAACAAGGCAGCGAGCAGCGACGCUGGAGUUGCAGCAGCAGCAGCAGCAGCAGAAGCUGGAUCACCAGCAGAUCCCCUGAAAAGAACUUCCAAACUCGUUAAAAAAAAGUUUUCAAAACUUUUUCUCGUUGAAGAAAAGUUUCUGAAGUUAUUGGGAACAUGGACUGUGUUUGCCUCAGUGUCCAGACGGUGUUUUGAAAGCUGUUGAGACGGAGGUGUGACUCCUUGGCAAGGUUUUUUUGUUGUUGAAUUCUGAAUUCUCUUUUGGGAAAAAAAAAUUUGCAACGUCUUUGAGAGAGAGGGAGGGAGAGAGGGAGAGAGACGUCUGAGAACUAACGGAGACUGCACGGGCCGGAGAGAGCGAGUGACAAGAGGAGAAGGUGAACUAACAGCCUGGCCAUGUCCAAGUAUAAAGAGGACAGUGAUUACACCCCGACUGCGGCCAUCGUACGUAUCCCCGACAACGGCGAUGCCUGCGACUCGCAGCCCGAGGGCGGAGAGAGGGAACGGAGAGAUGGGGAUACCCCCCGGGGAAGGCGGAUGCUGGUCUUCCUCGACAUGAUCUGCAUCGUUCUGGCCUCCCUGCCCUUCUUCAUGGUGGAGUUCAACCUCGUCAGUCCCUACCACCGUGGCUUCUACUGCGACGACGAGGCCAUCACGUACCCACUGAAGGUGUCGGAGACAAUCAGCGACACCGUGCUCUGCAUUGCCGGCAUCUUAAUCACCGUGGUUGCGAUCGCCUUCAGUGAGAGUUACAGGAUCCGAUGCCUGAAGGAGAAGACCAAGUCGUUUGUCUCCAAUCCCUACGUCUCGGCCAUCUACAAGCAGGUUGGCUGCUUCCUCUUUGGCUGUGCCGUGAGUCAGUCGCUCACCGAUCUGGCAAAGGUGGCCGUGGGCAGGCUGAGGCCCAACUUCCUGUCCGUCUGCAAGCCCGACUUCUCCAAGAUCAACUGUUCCCGGGGAUACAUCGAGGUUUACGACUGCAACGGAACGGACUCGGCAGUCACUGAGGGCAGGAAGUCGUUCUAUUCGGGCCACGCCUCCUUCGCCAUGUACGCCCUUCUCUACCUGGCGUUUUACCUGGAGGCCCGGUUCACCUGGAAAGGUGCGCGGCUGCUGAGGCCCCUGCUGCAGGCCCUCCUAGUCAUGAUGGCGAUUUACACUGGCCUCACCCGCAUCUCCGAUUACCGGCACCAUCCAUCCGAUGUCCUGGUGGGAUUUCUGCAAGGAGCCAUCAUCGCCUACUGGAUCGCAUUCCACAUAUCGAACAUGUUCAAGUUGAAGAGAAAAGUGACAAAGGAAUCGAACAUCAGCUCGGACAAUUCCACACUGACUAACCACACAACGUGUUAGCAUAACGGAGGGCCGGGAGCAUGGGAAAGAUGCCUAUGGUCUGAACAGGUCACCAUUUACUGGACUGGACCAGAGAGUCAACAAGAAGCCAGUGUUGAAGAUCCUUCCACCUUCUAAUCUCCAGGAUAGUCUCCAGAUACGGCCUCGCUCUUGUUAUUCUUUUCUGGCUGGUCCCUAAAUCUCAGCGGCCAUCACCUGGAUUUCCCCUGGUGUUGUGGCCUGACGAUCUAUAUAUCAUUCAGUUUCCCCUUCUGGAGGCCAGUGGAUCUCAGACCAUUAGCGCAGCCUUGAAGUGCCCGACGUCCUAGAAUCGUGGGCCCUGUGGAAACUGAGCAACUUAAAGCUGUGAGCAACAAUGUAAUCUGUAAAUAUCCCGAGUAAUUAAUAUUAGUACAAUCUGUGUUGAGCCUUUUGUGAGUGUAUUCUUGUGACUAAAACAAAACCAAGAUUAAGAUAUUACCAGUUAUUCAGUAUUUGGAUAAAGAAAACCUAAUUUCUUUCAAAAGUAAAUACCUGCUUUUAUUAUAUAUAUUUUACACUAAUGGAAUCUGAAUUGUGGAUGGAGGUUAGCUUGAUGCCAUAUUUUAUCAAUGGUCCCCACUUACUCAAGGUGACUGAUCAAACAAACAUGUGUCCCUGCUUUUGAAGGCAUGUGAUAUUGGACUUUGUGACACUAAGCAAAACUGAACAAAAAGGUCUGUGCGGGAAGGAAUUGCAGGUGCUGCUUUAUACUGGAGAUAGGCACAGAGUACUGGAGUAACUCAUCGGGUCAGGCAGCAUCUCUGGAGAGAAGGAGUAGGUGACAUUUGGGAUUGGGACCCUUCUUCAGACUGAAAGUAGAGGUGGGGGAACUGUAGGCGGGAAAGGGCCAGAACAAAUUAAAUUAGGCCUGGCAACAGACGAUCUCAGGCAAGGGUAGCCCAUAAUGGCCCAUUGUUGACUGGGGAAGGGGUGAUCAUUCUUGGCUGGGGAAGAUCUCUUCCCCCCCCCCCCCCCAUCUCUACUUUCUGUCUCAAGAAGGGUUUCAACCCGAAACGUCACCCAUUCCUUUUCUCCAGAGAUGCUGCCUGAAUCACUGAGUUACCUCAGCAUUUUGUGUCUAUGAACUAAAAAUUAGUCGGCUUUGGAAAAUGUUAUGUCACAGGCAUAAUUUUGGACAGAAAUAUAGUUAACAUUGAGGGCCCUGCUUCCGGCAUCCAUUCACCAGAUUGGAUAAUGCUCUGUGGUAGCUGUUUAGGUAUAUUUAAACUAAAUUGUGCAAAAAUGUAGGUUGUGCGAAGGUUUGUAGGCAAAUUGAUUUGAUACAAUUGUAAACUGUCCCUAGUGUGUAGGGUAGUGCUCGUGUACUGGGUGGUCGCUGGUGGGCACGGGCCAAAGGGCCUGUUUUCACUCUGUAUCUCUACACUAACCUAAACAGAAAGUGUCGGAAGGAACUGCAGAUGCUGGUUUAAAACGAAGAUAGACACAAAAAGAGCUCAGCGGGACUGGCAGCAUCUCUGGUGGGAAGGAAUGGGUGACGUUUCUGGUCUUUCUACCUGUAAUUCCUUGUUUCUACCUCUAAACCUUUCCCAACCCAUGCACGUGACCAAUUGCCUUGUAAACGUUGUUAGUAUAUCUGGUUGAUGCAGAUGCUGGUUUAAAACGAAGAUAGGCACAAAGAGCUGGAGUAACUCAGCGGGUCAGGCAGCAACAGAAGGCAGAGUCGAUUCUCAGCUGAAGAUAACCACGCAAAAGCUUUCAUUCACUAA